AUGUGUUGCGGAAACGCUGAAUGGAAGAGAGAAGAGGUGCCGGAUCACAAAUUCGACUUCAUUGACGUCCGUGACUACUGGACGAAUGGGUUCUUGACCCGAUUGAGGUGAGUGUGGGGGAAGCCCUGUGCCCGCUUUGAACUCACCCGACCGAGGCAAUGCUGAUACACGCGUUCUUGUGUUACAGGUACGGCAUCCUGUACCUGCUGGUAGCCAAGUCAAUCGCGGUGUACAUCGCCGAUAUCUACACUGCGAUCACGCUGCUUGCACUGAAUCAUUUUGCCGGAUCGCUCUACCAGAUCGCUCAAGAUGGCGGCAACGAUAGUUGGAGCGUUCCUUUGGUGUACGGUAAAUGGGUGUUCUUAGGAUGCAUUCUCUUUGGUUUCUUGCUGUUGGCCUACGAAGCCCACAAGGCUAGGGCAGUCAUUCGCAGCAGAGAUAUCAGCUACGCCUACACCAACGUCAUGGCCAACAACUACUACAGUCUAAGGUCGUACGAGCACUUUUGCUUCUUUUGUCAGAUCAACAACUCCAAGAAGAAGAAGGACGAGUUCGCUUUCUUCAUCUUCUUCACUUUCAAAGGUAGGUCUUACGUUGAUCAAGUAGCUUAAACACAUCUUGCUGACUUGCGACUCGAACGCGGGCAGGCUGGAAACGUCUUCUCGUCGCUGAUGGCCCAAGACAAGUCAUCAACGCCCUAACGCUGGUUGCUGUCGGCCACAAAGUGCACUGGUCUAGCAACGUGGCGGACUACUACGACAAUAACAUUUGGACUGCAGUGCUACUGCUUACCAUGAUUUUCACGGUCUUGGUCUUUGCUGCCAGCGCCAUCAUGCUGAUCAUCGCUGCUAUCAUGUACGUGCCUCUCAUCUGCUACAUCAAGGGCAACCUGAAGGAGUACUGUUGCCACAAGAUCGACAAACGUAUCGCAGAAUUGGUGCAGAAGAAGAAGAAGCAAAGGCUUGCAAGGCAUGCCGCCAUUGCGCGAGCAGAAGCAGAAGGUGACUUUAGCCAUUUGAAGAACAAGAAGGGAGAAAUCAUCGGCAAGGCGAUGCAACAGCCGACGCUUCCACAAGUGGACGUCGAUCUGUUCGGUGAUGACACCAAGUCUCCGCGCGGAAUGAUCGGCAAUGGGCGCCCUGCAAGUGUCGCUUCAUCUCAAAUACCUUACGGCAUGAGCGAAAAAGGCUUCUACGAUCAGGGCGAAGUGGGUUCGAACGCGCAUCUCGCGAUGAAUGCUGGGGCGCCAGGCUACGCGCCAGGGUAUGGAUCACCAUCAUUGCCGCCUUCUGCGCACACGAGUCCCGACGCGCAUCCAUUGCAUUUCAGAGGCCGGGGCUCGGAUCAACGGCCAGGAAGUCCGUCCGCAGAUGUACUUGCUUCGAUGGGUCCGAUCGGCACUUCACCUGCUUUCUACGCACAACGCGUGACUGGCAGAGGCAAUGGCGGUCACUUGGCAGAGGGCGGCCAUGAAGAUGCAGCCUACUCGCAUGCGGGACCGCACGGACGUUCGCCCUUAUCGCCCGCUUAUCCACCCCCCGAAGCUUACAAUGGGCAGGGUCUUGGCGGUCGUCCUAGCGCAAGGUCUGAUAGCGCCAGACAGCACGCAAACUAUGCCGACUACCCACCCGACUCAGCAGGCCUUGGACCCGCCGGUAAUGGCCCUGCAGAUUUGAGCGCUUUUGCUCCGUACGAUGAUCGAUCGGCUCGCGGCCCGAGCCCAGUCCCUUCUUAUGGACCGGCGGAUGUCCUCAACAUGUACACCCACGAAGAACAGCACAACGGACAACUCAAUACAGGUAUUCACGGCAAUCGUUCGCAGCAACCUUCCGCGAUGGGCGAGUGGGACCAGUAUCAUGACGGUCUCGAUACCCCUCGCGGAGAUGUAGGAGCUUCGAACGGUGGCUACCUGCACGAAGGCAGCACAGCGGUGCAGGAUGCCCAGUAUGCCGGCUACGACGAGGCUCAGGCCGCGCAAUGGGAUGCUUACGAUCAAAUGGCGCAGCAAGAGCAAGCAGAUCAUGGCGCCUAUCAGCAGGAUCCAGGUCAGCAGCAACAAUACUCUCAUGCCCAAUUUGGCGGUCAUCAGCACGGACAGUGGGAGCAAGGGUACCAACAGGGCGACGAUGGUUACUAUCAUCAUCAAGGUGGACACGUCCAGACAUCCGCACAUCAUGCGCAGCAAGAUUCUCAAAGCUACCGCUCACGAUGA